UACAAAAGUUCCAAAUCAAGAAACUGAGACGACACGAACUAAACAGUCUCGCGUAGAAAAAAAAAACAGUCUACUACUAAACAGUCUACUACAUGCAAAUUUUGCACAUAGCAAUAACAGUUUCUUACUGAUGUGAAAAUGAUAAAUGAAGAAAACUCUAGGGAUGGCGUUCGUGAGAUGAGGUCGCAACCCAGCCGUGGAUUAAGCUUCGUUCGAUUUUGCAAUCAUACUCAAAGGAAAGUAGAAGUAAUAUGGAUGAAUUAUGAAGGUGCAAGAGUGAAAUAUAAGACUUUAGAACCAGAAGAAUUUUUUGAUGUAAACACAUAUGUGGCUCAUCCUUGGCUAUUUCAAGAUGCAUUGACACAUGAAAGGUUAAAUGCAAAUUUAAAAGAUGUAUUUCAACCAAAUGCAUGGUAUGAGCAAUAUCUUCCAGACUUGCGAAGUGGGAAAAUUAAUCCUGAAGACAUAAAACCCAAACGAGUUACUGUCAACAUUACAAGCCCUCUCUAUUCUCUCAAAUAUUCUGCUAUGCAUGCCAUUAGAAAGAGGAUAAAAGAUUACAACCAUGUUCAUCAGCUAGAACUUCCCAGGCAGUUGCAAAAUGAUCUAGUGGUGCUCAUGAAAUCAUCAAGAAUUAAAAAUACUAUAUAAUUGGUCCAGCGAUUCAAUUGACAACUUGGAUGUUCAUUAAUUCUAUCGACGGAAUAUCAUUUAUUCUUCCCAUAAGAGUUCCGAGCUAACUGGUUUGUUUUCAAUUGGUUAAAUUAGCUGUGAUAGCUCUAACUGUGCGUAAUCUUAACUCUUAAGCAUU